CUGUGAGGAUGUCUUCCAUAUUCCGAGCCUAUAUAACUGAUGAGGACCUUGCCACUUACAAUGAGUUAACAGUUCUUGUGAACGUCUUCAAGUGGGUGGCUCCCAAAAAAUCACGAUGAGGGUCCACUGGAACCUUGUGAUUUUCUUAGGUCUAAUCCUAGAAGUUACAUUGGUCCUUAGUAAAGCUGUGGAACCAGUGAGAAAGCCAACGGACCGUUUAUCAGAAGAAAUUAAAAACAGAGCACAGAGAAGGGACGGCUACGAUUAUCCAGCGCCUACGCAAAGCUUCAAUGAGGGACAACAAGGAGGAGAUUUUGGCGGUGGUGCUGGAGGAUACGACCAAAGUGGCAACCACGGAUCGUUUGGAGCCAGUGGAGGAGGUUCCUUCGGAUCUAGCGGAGGUGGCUAUGACAGCGGAGGAUCGUCCCAUGGACAAACUAACGGUGGAUAUGAUAAUGGGGGUGGAUCAAACUUACCCAGUGGCGGAGGAUACGAUUAUUCAGGCGGAAAUCAUGCAGCAGGUGGUCAGGACUUCGGAAAUAGUGGAGGAGGAUAUAACCUUGAAAGUGGUAAUCAAGAUUUUGGAGGAUACAAUCUUGGAGGGGGACAUGUUGAAGAACAUCAUGUUGUCGAGGAAGAACAUCAUGAAGAGCAUCAUGAUCAUCACGACCCUGGUUAUUGGAAGAAAAAGAUGAUAUGGAAAAAAGGAUGGAAAAAGAUAUGGAAACCUAGUAAGAAGAAGAUUUGGGUUCCAUCCUGGAAGAAAAUCUGGAAGCCUAUCUGGAUUCCAACCAAAAAACCGGGUUGGAAAGAAAUUCAAGUACCCGAUUGGAAAAAGAUCUGGAAGCCAGUCUGGAAACCGAUAAAAGUCCCCAUUUGGAAGGAUAUUAAAGUAGCUGACUGGAAGAAGAUAUACAAACCUGUUUGGAAGCCAAUAAAAGUACCAGCCUGGAAAGAAGUCCAAGUACCUGCAUGGAAAAAAAUCUGGAAACCUGUUUGGAAAGAAAUACAAGUCCCAGCUUGGAAAGAAAUUCAAGUACCAGCAUGGAAGAAACAUUAUAUUCCUAUUUGGGUUAAGGAAGGAAUUCCUGGUAAGCAUUAUCUGGGUAAGGGACACGAUGGUUCCGAAUAUAUCGCACACGAUAUAUGGAAGAAAAAACUAAUCUGGAAACCAAUAUGGAAGAAAUACUGGAAACCGGCAAAGAAACAGAUAUGGGUAUCGGACAAAAAACUCGAAUGGAAAGAGGCCUGGAAACAGGUUUGGAAAACUGAGAAGAAACAGAUCUGGGUUGAGGAUAAGAAACUCGUUUGGAAAGAAGCAUGGAAACAAAUUUGGCGAACUGAAAAGAAGGAAAUUUGGGUGACAGAUAAGAAACUUGAAUGGAAAGAAGCCUGGAAACAGAUCUGGAGAACAGAGAAGAAGCAAAUAUGGCUUCCAGACAAAAAAUUGGAAUGGAAGGAAGAUUGGAAAAAGGUAUGGGUCGAGAGUUACAAAGAUAUUUGGGUUCCAGGAUGGAAGAUGAUUUGGCGUCCAGUUAUUAUUUCCGAAUGGUUUCCCAGUCCAGAUCACCAUGAUAAACACGUGGAACAUGGUUGGGAUAGAAAGGACCAGUCAGGAAAUAAAGUAACGAACCUGAGUAACAAUAAACUGGCGAAAAGAAGCUCACAAGAAAGGGCUCAGUCAGUAUCAUUGAAUCCAAAUGAUACAAGUCAAACCAAAAAGACCAGUUGGUCAUUUCCGUCGUAGCGCAACCAAUGUACCUUUCUCUGUAUAUAGUUAGUUUUAAGUUAUUUUAUUUUGUAUAGAGAUAUAUAUUUACCUGACUGACUCAAUUAAUUCAAUUAUUGUUGAAUAGUUUUUAAUAGUCGAUUUUUGUUGAAGCUUUUGUUAUUUUAUCGAAUAAAACGAAAUUUAUUUCUCGUGACAUAACGUAAAAA